AACUGAAAGACGAAAAGUACUACAAUUAAGGAGAGAAGUCGUUUCGUACUAUCAAAAAUGUUGUCGAUGAUACACCGCUUGUGUUAUAUCUAUAUGAUGAUUAUGGCUAAUUACUUAACUGCAGGUGCAUUAGCAAUAGCUCAUACCAAUUUUAGCACAGAUCAGUCCGCGCUUCUUGCUCUCAAAGCUCACAUCACUCGUGACCCUCAAAACAUCUUGACCGCCAACUGGUCCUCUGCCUCCAAUUCCGACAUUUGCAACUGGGUUGGCAUUACCUGCGGUGCUCGCCACCACAGAGUCACGGCCUUAAAUCUCUCGCACAUGGGUCUUGCUGGGGUUAUUGCUCCGCAUCUAGGCAACCUCUCAUCUCUCGUUGAGUUAGGCCUUAUGAAUAAUAGCUUUCAUGGUCCCCUACCGCAAGAACUGUCUUGUUUGCGCCGGUUGAAGGCGAUUAACUUUGGAAACAACAACUUUAUGGGAACCAUUCCUUCGUGGUUUGGGUCCUUUCCUAAACUUCAAACCAUCAAAUUGUACGGUAAUGACUUCUCUGGUUCCAUACCCGCUGCUAUCUUCAACUUAUCUGCACUCGAAAUAAUUAAUCUGAGCAGGAACCAACUAUCAGGUAGCAUACCCAGAGAAAUAGGCAACUUAACAAUGGUGAAGGGCAUAUACCUUGACGACAACAAGUUCGAAGAACUUCCGAACGAGAUAGGCAGUUUAGGUCGGCUGGAGGAGUUGUUUGUGCAGGACAAUGCCCUAAAAGGCUCUGCUUUUGUGCCUGUCCUCAACAUAUCUUCUUUGACUGCUUUCAAUCUACAAGGAAACAACAUGAGUGGUAGUCUUCCGGACAAUAUGUGUGACCAUCUUUCAAGUAUUCGACAAUUCUAUUUGACUCAAAACAAGCUUGACGGUCUAAUUCCCUCCAAACUGUGGCAAUGCAAAGAGCUUCGUAUAUUCUCAUUAGCGUCAAACAAUUUCCGCGGAAGCAUACCCAAAAGUCUUGGCAAUUUGACCUACUUAACCACGAUUCUUCUUGAAGAAAAUAAUUUAACAGGUACAAUACCGGAAGAGAUUGGUGAUCUUCCACAGUUAGAGGCUUUGUCGCUAGGUUUUAAUAAUCUCAAUGGCAUCAUCCCAUCCAAACUCUUCAAUAACUCCAUGAUAAGAGAAAUAUCGCUUUCUUUUAAUCAGCUAUCAGGUGGCCUCCCAGCAAACAUAGGUCUUAACGUUCCAAACCUAGAAAUCCUUCGUGUAGCCAGAAAUAACCUCGUGGUCGGGCUACUCCCUAACCUCUCCAAUGCUUCCAAGCUCUGGGAGCUAGACAUGAGUGUAAACUCAUUUACCGGGUUUCUUCCUAGCACGCUUUGUUCCUUGAAAAACCUUGAGUGUCUUCUCUUGUACUCGAAUAAUUUGACGAUUGAUGUUUCAACUCCACAAGCAGCAAGCACCCUCUCUUGCUUGUUUAAUCUUAGAAAUUUGAUAAGAUUACACUUGGGAGAUAAUCCAUUGAACACCACGAUUCCAGCUUCGAAUCUCUCUAUGUCACUCCUAUAUGUUGAUUUAAGCUUUUCCAACAUCAGGGGUAACAUUCCCGUUGAUAUUGGCAACUUGAGCAGCUUGAUAGCGUUAAAGUUGGAAAGCAAUCAGUUGAGUGGAGCAAUUCCAACUUCAAUACAGAGGCUACAAAAUCUCCAAGGUUUGUAUUUGAAUGAUAACGAACUGCAAGCACAUAUCCCGUAUGAACUCUGUCAACUAGACAACCUAGCCAAGUUACGUUUGGGUGGUAAUCGGCUCUCUGGUUCUAUUCCUUCCUGCUUGUGGGAACUAAAGUUUAUAUUGUACCUAAACUUGUCGUCCAAUUCUCUAGUUGGACAACUCUCCGAAGAUAUCGGGAAGUUGAAGGGGGUGGUGGAUAUGGAUUUAUCAAAUAACCAUUUCUCCGGAAACAUUCCCGGUAGCAUUGGGGGUCUUCUCCAUAUGAUUAAUUUCUCCUUGGCAAGCAAUAAUUUAGAAGGCCUUAUUCCCAGUUCAUUUAAAACCCUACUAAGCCUAGAAUUCUUGGAUUUGUCCAAAAACAAUCUAUCUGGAGAGAUCCCAAAGUCAUUGGAAGCACUCUUGUCUCUCAAGCAUCUGAAUUUGUCAUUCAACAAACUCCAAGGAGAAAUUCCAACAGGCGGGCCUUUCGAAAACUUCUAUGCUGAUUCAUUUGCAUCAAACGGUGCGCUUUGCGGUGCUUCCCGACUCCAUGUUCCAAUGUGCAAAUAUGGAACAAAAGUUAAGCCAAAGUGGAGGAAAGCUGAAUAUAUCAUCUCAGGGGUCAUUUUAGUAAUACUCCUAGUGGCCGCUGCAUUGAUUCUGAUACUACGCAGGAAAAGGAAUGUCGAAGUUGUACGAGAAACUGCCUCGCUACGUCAAGUUCCUUGGAGAAGAGUUUCGCACCAAGAACUUGUAAAAGCGACAAAUGGACUUCAUGAGAGUAACUUACUAGGCACGGGAGGUUUUGGCUCAGUAUACCAAGGAACACUUUCAGAUGGGAUAGAUAUCGCCGUCAAGGUUUUCAAUUUACAGCUAGAAGGGGCAUUCAAGAGUUUUGAUAAGGAAUGUGAAAUGCUAAGCAAUAUCCGUCAUCGGAAUCUUAUUAAAAUCAUAAGCUGCUGCGAUGAACUCGAUUUCAAAGCCCUGAUACUUCAAUUGAUGCCUAAUGGAAGCCUCGAAAAGUGGUUGUAUUCUCCAAACCGUUCCAUGAAUAUCCUGCAGAGGUUGGACAUAAUGAAAGAUGUUGCACUGGCACUAGAAUAUCUUCAUCAUGGUUACUCGAUGCCUAUCGUUCAUUGUGAUGUGAAACCAAGCAAUAUACUACUAGAUGAUGAUAUGAUUGCACAUGUUGCUGAUUUUGGCAUUGCAAGACUUAUCGGCGGUGGUGAUUCGAUGACGGAAACCAUAACCCUAGCCACAGUUGGAUAUAUGGCGCCAGAGUAUGGGAUGAGGGGAAUUGUUUCGACGAAAGGGGAUGUGUAUAGUUUUGGUAUUGUACUCAUGGAGACAUUUACAAAAAGGAAGCCAACAGAUGAGAUGUUUGUUGGGGAAAUGAAUUUAAAGCAAUGGAUUGAAAAUUCAUUAUUUCCUGAUUCUGCUAUAGAUGAAGUUGUGGAUGCCGAUAUACUUGGGACGGAGGAAGAUGGUGAUUUCGUCAGCAGGAGGGAUUGCUUAUCAUCCGUUAUGAGAUUAGCUUUAGCUUGCUGUGCAGCAUUGCCGGAAGAGAGGAUUAACAUGAAAGAUGCCGCAGUCACACUCAAUAAAAUCAAGACCAAGUAUUUGAAGGACUCUGGAGGAGUGAAUUCUUAGUUCUUUGUUCUCUAUAUUUUCGGAUCCAUUUUCUUAUUGUUGUUUUCAAUCUUCAAAAACUACAUUAUUUUCUUAUAGUGACGGAUAUGAAAAUAUGACGAUAUUCCUAAAAUUGAAUUGCCGCACCUGUAUUUGACAAGGCAAUGAGACCAGUAGUACCAAGAUUGCAAUUCCAGUUAUUCUUCCUA